UGGGAGGAGGACGCAGGAGUAGCUGCUGUCACGCCGAAAGUGGUGCGAGCCCUGAGGUCGCCCCUAACGCCCCUUCCCCAGACCGAGAACAGAACAACUGUUAAUAAAAAUGGAAUUUACCAGUUUGAACAGGCUUCAAAAUGUAAGGCAAUUCAGGACAACAUUUUGUCAUCAUCUAUCAAGAAGAAAAGAUAUUCAGAAGAUUAUUAUCUUCACAUAGUCACAAAACUGCGGAACUGCACCUGGAUAAGGAGACCAGAAGAAUCUGCAAAAUUCAGGUCAGAAUUAGCUUCCUGCUGUGAUGCAGUUCACAAUUUUAUUGCUUCUCAAAACAACACCCCACUGGGAAGUAACAUGAGUUACGAAGUGGACAGUAAAAAGACCAUCCUCAUUACAGAAGACAUUUUUAAGAUGCUGCCUGUGUCCUCUCCUCUUUCAGUCUAUCCCUUCAAGACCUGUGCCGUGGUUGGAAAUGGAGGCAUUCUGAAAAAUUCCAGCUGCGGAGCAGAAAUCGAUCGUUCUGACUUUGUGUUUAGGUGUAACCUCCCUCCAACCUCGGGAAGCAUUAGCAAAGAUGUUGGCAAUAAAACAAACCUUGUGACUGUUAAUCCGAGUAUCAUAUCUCAGAAAUACAACAAACUAAAUGAAAAGAAGACAGAAUUUCUGGAGAACAUUACAGUCUAUGGAGAUGCUUUCCUUUUAUUGCCAGCGUUUUCCUUCAGAAGCAACACAGCCACUUCUUUUAAAGUAUAUCACACUCUGCAAGAGUUUAAAGCAACCCAAAGGGCAAUAUUUUUUCACCCCACCUAUCUGAAAAGUCUUGCCCAGUUCUGGAGAACUAAGGGUGUGAAAGCCUACCGGUUGUCAUCUGGUUUUAUGAUCACUAGUGCGGCUCUUGAGCUGUGUGAGAAUGUGAAGCUCUAUGGCUUCUGGCCUUUCUCAAAAUCCACAGAGAAGAUGCCAAUCAGCCACCACUAUUACGACAACCAGCUGCCUAAACCAGGUUUCCAUGCAAUGCCCAAAGAAUACAACCAGCUCCUUCAGCUUCAUGGCAAAGGCAUUUUGAAGUUGCAGUUUGGUAAAUGUGAAUCAGACUAAAAAGGGCGUUGAUCCUAAGGAAACAAUUUGUGUAUAUCUCAGCAGUUCAGUGUUGGAUUUGGUCUGAUGUGAUUUUGUGAGCAUUAAACGGCAUUAUUAAAAUAGAGAAAUAUUUUACACUUGGAGAGAAAAGUGAUUUUUCACACAGUGACUGCUACAUUUCUGAAUUUUGAGUAAUCAUUUUUUUAAAUACAAAAUAGCAUUGAUUUGAGAAAUUCUGAAACUCCUGACUAGUGGUUUAAUUGUAGCAAAGCACAAUCUCAGGAUGGUGGCAAUAUGUGACA